UUCUUUUGUUACUCAUCUCGCUGUAAUCACGUAUUUGACAUUUGAUGGCCUGAAUCUCGACCUUAUCAUUCAUGCUUGAUGACGUGUCUCCCUCGCCUCGACGGAAUGAGUGCAGGAGCGGGAUAACGGGAUACCCAAGCUCCAGUCCACACGCGCGGACACUUGCUGUCAGACAGUCUCUAUCGACAGAGCCGAGUCUCUGCUGCAGGGCUCAUGUACACGUGGAACUCUUGUGCGCGUGCUGCUUGUUUCCCUGGGUCUGUUUUUAACGCAUUGAGUCAAUCUUCCUCUCGAGCACAUCCGUAGGUAGGACUUGAUACGUGCCAGACGAUGCUGGAGAUAUUUACAGCAAAGCCAAUAAAGUCACUUCGCGAUUGUUUUUGUAUUUUUCAACGAACCCUCGGAAGAGACGCAGGAAUUCAUCCACAGUUGAGAGCAGUUUCGGCGGAUUAGUGUGUUUUGGGGGAAAUAUCGCGGGUGGCUGCUAAUGCUGCUCAGCUUCAGUGUGUGAGCACAGCAGCUAACGUUACGAAGCUACGCGACAGAGUGGAGGACUUUUUAUUGAAUGUAAUUUAUCGUCGUUCGAACCGCUGAUUCGCUCCACAAAACAAAGCAAAACAAACCCGCCCAAAAACUUGCAUGCUAAUAUCCUGAAAUUUAUAACAUUUCAGUCCACUGUGCAUGUAUGUUGAAUCUUGGUUGCGGCUGCAAAUGGUGUCGACUGGUUAGCGAUCUAACCUUUUGUGCAUCACCAGUGGAGGUGAUUUCUCAUCUAAUAAUGUAGAAGUGAUUCUCGGAUAAUGUAUUCAUACAUGCAGCUUGCUCAUAUCGCUUGCAGGAGGAUGUCCGGCUAGAUCACACAGUGGACUAUUUUAUGUGGAGAGAAUGGUAGUGCCUCGGUUUUGCAUGUUUGGAUGGUAAAUCAGCCUUGCAUGUCCUGGUGUUACUUAUUUGACUGUCAAGCGGCAGGUCAGAUUGUUAUUUUUCCUCCAGCUGUUUGUUUGGCUUUAAGCUGCGUACCUUGACAUCUUCAUCGCCCAUUCAUCUGAUUGUGAAGACAUCAACACUGACGUGACUAGUCAUGCUAUGAUUAUUUAGUGCCAGGAAUUCAAAUACCUUCACAGAAUCACUGUCAAAUGCCUCUACUGUAAUCAAGACUUUGCUGUUACUUGAACUGCUCUCUAAGGAGACCUAUCGAGACUUGACAUCCAUUGACUGGCACAAAGAAGACUCUGUCUGCUCCACCAUGCGUCUGUCUUCUUUCCUGGCUGUUUUCCGGCCUGCUCUGCCUCUCAUUCUGGGCCUCUCUUUGGGCUGCAGUCUCAGUCUCCUGAUGGUGUCCUGGACACAGGGGGAAACCGAUGAGGCUUGUGGAGAUGAACUUGGAAAUGGGAGACUCAUAAACAGUGGUCAUAUCAGGGAUCACCAGGAUGGCCAAGAUGGGAAUGAGGACUUCCAGCCUCGCAUUGUGCCCUAUCACAAGGACCCCAACAAACCGCACAAGAAAGUUCUCAGGACUCGCUACAUCCACACAGAGCUGGGAAUCCGAGAACGGCUCCUGGUGGGCAUCCUGAGCUCACGCGCCACUCUGAACACGCUAGGGGUGGCAGUCAAUAAAACGGUAGCUCACCGUUUUCACCGUACCUUCUUUUUCACUGGCCUACGGAGUGCAAAGGUACCACACGGCAUGACUGUUGUUGCUCAUGGUGAUGAUCGACCCGUCUGGCUGAUGUAUGAAACUAUACGGCACCUUCACCAACACCACGGCAAUGAGUACGACUGGUUUUACCUUGCACAAGAUGAUACGUACACACAAGCUGAAAGGGUCAUGGAGCUGGUUAAUCAUCUUAGUGCAGGACAGGAUAUGUACAUGGGACGAGCAGAGGAGUUUAUCGGGGGUGAAGAACGUGCGCGAUAUUGCCAUGGUGGAUAUGGGUAUCUGUUGUCACGCAGCCUUCUAGCCCGACUGCAGCCUCACCUGGACUCUUGUCGAAAUGACAUCCUCAGCGUCAGGCCAGAUGAGUGGCUUGGUCGCUGCAUCAUCGAUUACCUGGGUCUUAGCUGUGUGGAGAAGCAUCAGGAGAUGACCUACCGUUACUUUGAGCUGCAGAAGAACGUGGACCCUGAGCGUGAGGACAGUGCACAGUUUAAAAACGCCUUCACUGUCCACCCCGUCUCUGAACCUGUCCUGAUGUAUCGCCUACACAAACGCUAUAACCAGAUUGAACUGGAUUGGACCUAUGCACAAAUUCAGCAGUUACAGAACCAGAUCAGUAACAUAAGUGAGCUCACUCCAGAGGGCAAAGCCGGAGCCACGUGGCCCAUCGGAAUCAACCCACCCUUCCGACCCAAAACCCGCUUUGAGGUGAUCAACUGGGAAUACUUCACUGAAGAGCACAUUUAUUCAUGUGCCGACAGCUCUCCGAAGUGUGAGCUUCGAGGUGCGGACCGGGCAGAUGUCAACUCAGUCCUGGAGACUGCAGUGGGCCGUCUGAACGAGCGCUAUCAGCCCCAGUUGCGCUUUCGUAAGCGCCGUCUGCUGAACGGGUACCGACGCUUCGAUCCCACGCGAGGCAUGGAGUAUGUGCUGGAUUUGGCCCUGGAAGCUUUUACGCAGAAGGGUCACAGUCAGGUCAUCGCCAAACGGGUGAGUUUGCUGAAGCCGCUCAGUGCUGUAGAGAUCAUCCCUAUGCCUUAUGUAACAGAAGCGACGCGGGUACAGGUGAUCCUCCCUGUGACGGCACACGAUCAAGACUUUGUGGGUAACUUUCUUGACAUGUAUGUCAUGAAUGCUCUGGAUACCCAUGACAAUGCUCUGCUCACCUUCUUGUUUGUGUAUGACCCCUUCGAUGCCCAGCGAGUCAGCCAGACGGACGUCUUUGCCGGUGUCAAAGCCAUGAUUGGUGAGGUAGAGAAACGUUACGGCGAUGUAAAGAUUCCUUGGAUUAGUGUAAAGACUGAAGUUCCCUCACAGGUCAAGCUGAUGGACAUAAUCUCCAAGAAGCACCCAGUAGACACCCUGUUCUUUCUGGCCAGCGUAUGGACUGAGGUCAACGCUGACUUCCUCAACCGCUGCCGUAUGAACGCUAUCAGCAAUUGGCAGGUCUUCUUCCCAAUCCACUUUCAAGAGUACAGUCCAGCUCUGGUCUACCGCGACCAACAACCAUCUGCCGCUUCAUCCUUUGCAUCCGAGACGCUGCGUGAUGGCCACUUUGACCGCCACAUCUUUGAAGAAGCCUGCUUCUACAAUGCCGAUUACAUGGCUGCCCGCACAAAGAUGGCCGCUGACAUCUUGGACAAUGAUGAAUUGCUUGAGAGCAUGGACGUCUACGAGAUCUUUGUACGUUACUCUGGGUUGCACGUGUUUCGCGCUGUCGAGCCGGCGCUAGUUCAGAAGUAUGUGCACAGGGAAUGUAACCCACGGUUCAGUGAGGACAUCUAUCACCGCUGUGUUCUCAGUAACCUCGAGGGGCUGGCCUCUCGAUCACACCUAGCAAUGGCUUUGUUUGAACAGGAGCAGGCUAACAGCACCUGAACUGACUACUACUGCAACAUUAAGAUGGCUUAAACUUCUUGAUUCUCAUUUAGGUGGCCUUUAAUGACCUACUGAUAUUGAUCGAGUGAAUUUCACCCUGAUGCUGUGAAUUUCUCUGAACAGAUCAUCCAGUGACUCAGUUUAACUAAACACAGUAAUGUUGCCUUGUCAAAGGGAUAGUUCACAUAAAAAUGAUAAUUCUGUCAUCAUUUACUCACCCUCUCAUUGUUCUUUGGAUCAUAAAAAGAGAUUUUGAUUUCCAUACAAUGAAUGUCAAAGGUGACCAAUUAAUCAAAAUCUCUUCUUUUGUGUUCUGCAGAGAAAAGAAUGUAAUUCAGGUUUGAACUAACUUUUAAGUUGAGCAAACAAUGACAGAAUUUCCAUUUUCUGGGUGAACUAUCCAUGUAAGGAUCUACAUAUGGUGGAAUUGACUUAUAAAAGUGUGACUAAUAUAACCAGAGAACAAUACUGAUGAAGUCUUCAUAACUCACUUUAAAUAAAACCUGAGGAAUGGGUUUCACCUCGUUUACAUUACUACCGAUGUCUGAAUGCAGGAACCUGAUUUUAGGAAGUGAAACAUAAGGAACUCAUUCAUCUUUUACUAUAUGAACAUGUCAGAUGUCUGGUGGUUAGUAGAGGUUCUAGUCUCAGCUAUAAAAGUAACUUGAGCCAUCUUUCUUCCUUCGGAUGUAUGAUUGUAUGACCUUUUAACAGAAUGUGCUGAAUAUUUCAGGAUUGAAUAAACAAAUUAUCUGUGAAACUUGA